UAAAAGUUAAAUUAAGUUUGAUGGUGACAGACAUCCUGCUCCUGGAUCUAUCUACUCACGCAUUAAGAAGAGUAUGGCAGCUUCAUCAUCUUCCUCUUCAGCUGGUGGUGUUAGUGGAAGCUCAGUUACAGGAUCAGGUUUCAGUGCAUCUGAACUUCUUCCUCCUCAAAAGGUUCUACUUACAUAUCCUAAAGGAGCCGGAGAUAUGAUGGAAGAUGGCUUGGUCAGGUUCUUCUGUGAGUCUGUAUUCAGUUUCCAGGUUACAUCAACCCUAAAACAAGUUAAACACAAUCAGCCAGUGCCCCUUAUGGAGAAACUGACAAGUUUAGAAGAAGAAUGGGAAGCUGAUGAGUGGAGAUAUAAACCUAUUGAACAACUUUUAGGAUUUACACCCUCAUAA